AUGCUGGGAGCGUGCCAGUCCCCCCCGGCCCCUCACCCCAUCAUCAUCACCCACUGGAUGCCCUACGGCUCCCUGUUCAACGUGCUGCACGAGGGCACCAACUUCGUGGUCGACCAGACACAAGCAGUAAAGUUUGCUCUGGACAUCGCGUGUGGAAUGGCGUUCUUGCACACGCUGGAGCCCAUGAUCCCCCGACACUGCCUCAACAGCAAGAGCGUCAUGAUUGACGAGGACAUGACGGCCCGGAUCAGCAUGGCAGACGUCAAGUUCUCCUUCCAGUGUCCGGGCCGGAUGUACUCCCCCGCCUGGGUGGCCCCUGAAGCGCUCCAGAAGAAGCCGGAGGACAUAAACCGCCGCUCUGCAGACAUGUGGAGCUUUGCCAUUUUGCUGUGGGAGCUGGUGACCCGAGAGGUGCCCUUUGCCGACCUGUCCAACAUGGAGAUAGGCAUGAAGAUCUCCUUGGAAGGCUUGCGGCCCACCAUCCCUCCUGGAAUCUCCCCUCACAUCUGCAAACUGAUGAAGAUCUGCAUGAACGAGGACCCAGCCAAGCGGCCCAAGUUCGACAUGAUCGUGCCCAUCCUGGACAAGAUGCAGGAUAAAGCCACCGCGCAGGUCGACACCACACACAGCAGGGGACCGGGGGACGCGGAGUUGUUUUUACGGUCAAGAGCCAUGGGGGGCCAUGACGACGAAGAGCUGCCCUAUGUGGUGGGCAAGCAAAAGCAGGAGCUCACCGCCAACAACACCAAGUGGCUCAAAGAGGGACAGAACCAGCUACGCAAGGUCAGCGAGAACCAGCUGGACCAGGACCACAACUGCAAUAUCAGCCACAACGGCAACAGCACUCAGGACGAGCUACAAGAGAACGAGGAGCAGAGCAAUUCCCCCAACAAGGCCCUGACGCCCACCCUGAACCAGGAGGAGUCCAAGAACCUGCUGAACGAGGCGCUGGUGCAGGCUCUCGUCAUCGACUCUCUUGACAUCACCGAGAAGCAGGACAUGACGGAGCAGGAUGUCCAGGAGAAGGGCGAACAGACAGCAGAGGGCAGCAGAGGAGAGAAGCCCCCUGGGGAGGAGGAGGCCCCUGUGGAGCCCGGAGCCGAGCCGCAGAGAGAGGGCAGCGUGAGCGGGAGGAGCGCCUGCCUCCUCUUCUCCAACAUGAACGAGACGCCUGUGGAGGAGGAGAGCAGCUGGACCCCCCUCUGCCAGGACAACGCGGGCGACUCCACGCCCAAUGGAAACAGAGAGUCGUUCUGGGACUCCAGUGCAUUUGAGACGGACACGGAGCUGCCCUCUGGCUGGAUGAGAGUACGGGACACCUCAGGCACAUACUACUGGCACAUCCCCACAGGGACCACCCAGUGGGACCCUCCCUCUGACAUGGAAGGACUCUCAGACUGUCUGCUGCCCUCCAGCAUGUCCCUGGAGACCACACCUGUGGAGGAGCCCGAGGACUCGUGGAGCUCACUUUCUAACACAGAAGAAACUGCCCAGGAAGGAGAACUGUGGAAGGACAGAGAGGUCGCACCUGACGCCAGCCUGAAGGAGUUUGAAGGAGCUACAUUACGUUAUGCGUCCAUCAAUCUCAACUACAACAUCUCUCAGUCCGAGAAUGAAGAAAAGCUCGCUCCUCUCUCUUCUGGUGUAGAGGCAAAGUGCUUUGCCGUGCGCUCGCUGGGCUGGGUGGAGAUGUCUGAGGAGGAUCUGACUCCAGGCAAAAGCAGCGUCGCCGUCAACAACUGCAUCCGUCAGCUCUCCUACCACAAGAACAACAUCCACGACACGGCCGGCAUCUGGGGCGAGGGCAAAGACAUGUUGAUGGUGCUGGAGUGCGACACCAUGAAGCUGAUCGACCCCCUGGGGCAGACGCUGCUCCACGCUCAGCCCAUCGGGAGCAUCCGAGUGUGGGGCGUGGGUCGCGACAACGGCAGGGACUUUGCUUAUGUGGCCAGAGACAACCUGACCCAGGUCCUCAAGUGCCACGUGUUCCGCUGCGACACGCCAGCCAAAAACAUCGCCACCAGUUUACACGAGAUGUGCUCAAAGAUCAUGGACGAGAGGAAGGCCUCCAGACCCGGGGCCGGCAGACUGAGCACCCAUCUCAACAAACCUUUGGGGAUCCCUGAAGAGUUCCCGGCUCCGAAGAACGAGUUGUACCAACGCUUCCACGUCUACUACCUGGGAGAGGAGGUGGUGUCCAAGCCAGUGGGAGUGGACGUGAUCAACGACGCUCUGCAGGCGGCGCUGGACACAAAGGAGCAGAGUCUGUGGACACCUGUGUUUCUGAACGUGGCCCCCGCAACACUCACCAUCCUGGACAGACAGAAGGAGGAGGUCCUGGCUGAGUGCCGCGUGCGCUUCCUCUCCUUCAUGGGCGUGGGUAAAGACGUGCACACCUUCGCCUUCAUCAUGGCCGAAGGAUCCAGCCAGUUCACCUGCCACAUGUUCUGGUGCGAGCCCAACGCGGCCAGUCUGAGCGAGGCUGUGCAGGCCGCCUGUAUGCUGCGGUACCAGAAAUGCCUGGACGCACGCCCGCCCAGCCUGGCCUCCUGCCUGCCCACCCCCCCGGCCGACUCGGUGGCUCGGAGGGUCCGCAAGGGCGUCCAGAGCCUGCUGGGCAGCUUCAAGAGCUACAAGUCGGGCCCCCAGUCGCCCUGA